UCUUUGAUAGUGUGUGGAAUCGAAUCGUCCGACAAAGCCUCAAAAGCUUGUCGAAUACAAAGGCAACGGGAAACAGCGCAAUCCAGAAAGGACUAUGUACUUGGUGAUCCAGAUCUUUAUUUUAAUCUUCCCUCCUUAAACAAAACAAGUGAAGAAGCUUUGAGAAUUCUACUGAAAGACUCCUUGGAACAACACUGGAUUUGGUUAUAUAUUAAUUCAACUAUCUACAAAAAUUUAGGCCUCUUUCAACUCUUCUACAAAGGAAUCACGAACGUAGAGUUUCAAGACGCUGGAGACUACGUCAGAGCGUACAACUUCUUUAUACAACAUCAACUGGUGACUGUAAAGCCGGUAGGUUUCGGAAAACGUAGACUUCAAGCAAUCUCUCUUUUUCUUCAGAGUUAGUGAGGGUAGUGCAUUUGUGCGCGAGCGGGCCUCUUCCGUCUCGCGCCUUCCGUCACACGCGUGACACUUUUGUGUCUCGCGCGUUUCGCUCGAUGGGCGAAGAGAAAAAGAGAGACUGCACGUAGUCUACGGAAAACGUAAUGUACAGUACAAAGAAAAUGAUAUAAAUCCUCCUUCUAAAUAAAAAUUCAGCUUCGGUGAGUCCUUCCUUUUCUGAAAAAUUGCAGAAGCCGUAUGUCAACGUAUUGUUCAGUGCGAGAGAAAAGCAAACACUUAUUUUUUGCGCGCUGCCAUUUGAAAUCGUUUGACGUCACAAAGUUUUAGCAGUUAAGUCGCUCACCAAUUCUGUUCCCAGGGCUCUUCUUUCAUCCUCCCCCCAAAAAUUCAGGUUAAUCAUAUACUCUCCGUGCAGAGUAUACGUGUGAUUUGAUCGUUAUUAUUAAAUAACUUCGCUCGGCUACUCCCUACGCAGUAAAAUGAUUGAUUUGCAUGUGUUUUAAAACUCCAAGAGAGAAUUAUGGGCCAGGACAGAGAAGGACUCUAAGGGAGUUGGUGGGGAUAUGUGAAUUUCACUUAAGUUAUUUUUAGAGGUUGUAAUUUAACAAAACUAUAACUCCUGGGUCGUCCGCAAAUUUUGAUGGAUUGUUUGAAACGGCAUCAAGUCCAUGAGCGACUGCCUCAAAGUAAGCUUAACAACACUAAAUAAAAAUAUGCGGACCUCUCCGGAAACCAUUUUUUCCGAUUAAUUCAAGCGUUAAAUUGGUCUAAAAAUAACUCUGCGGAAAUUCACAAAUCCCAAGGGCUAGACUGAGCGUUUCUCUCUCUGUCCCAUUAUUCUCCCUUGAAACCCUUUAGGUCCCAAGAGUGACCAACAUCAAUUUUCUCCUAACAACAUGAGCAGAUCAUCAAGAGUAAAGGUUAUGAGAAUUACUAAAUUGAUUAUCAAAGGGAGAACACUAUGAUCUUAAACCAAAUUCUCUCAACUAUUCUUAAAAGAAACGUAUGGAGAUCAGUCUGGAGAAUUUGUAUGUGGAUCUUGGAGCUUAAAAGGCUAAACCCUCCUGAUGGACAGCUGUGAUGGAGCACAUAAAAAAAAUGAAGCGACGGAAAGAGACCUACUGGAUGAUCGUGGACCUAACUCAAGCCUGGGGUCCGUUCCUCGACAGUUCCGGUAACGUUUCGGGUCGGGAAAGUUGUUUUAUGUUUUUCGUGUUGGUAUUCAAUAUCAAAGUUUCAAUAAUUUUGAAAAUGAUACAAAAGAAAAGUUACCGGGCCUUUCGAGAAACUGUAAUUACUUGCUAUCUGGCGUCGGCGAGUGUGAUUGUUAACGGCGUUCCGUCGUUAGUUUUUUCAGUUGAUUGUCCACCUCACUUAUGCCUUUUUUGGUUUGUUUGUUUGCUUGUUUUUUUUUUUGUAGAGCGACACCAAGUAUUUUCGGUUUCAUUUUCAAGAUGCCAGCAUUCCUUUUAGGAAUCUAUCUGAAUUGGCUCUCUGGAGAGAUGAUAACUUGUUUACUGAUCAGCGGUUAGCUGGUCUUAAUCCGAUGUCUAUUAAAAGGAUUUCUUGGGAUCCAGGUAUCUAGUAAACACCCUAGCUUAGCCUUUUCUGAGCAAGAACGAGAACAAUUUUCUUUGAGCUUCGAGUGUUUGUUAAGGGUGCUUAUUUUAAAUCACUUUGUUUAUGGGUAUUUUCUUCAGUUUGUUAGAUCAAAAGUUUUUUUAUCGCGCUACCAAAGGUUCUACUCAGUAACAAGUCCAGGCUUAAGUAACAAAAAUGCGGACGUCAUGAAUUAGCAGUCGGAAGGUUACCAUGGCGUUUCCAAACCGCUCCUUCCCAAGGAUUAUCUGCUACUCGUCCCGUCUCUCAAUCCUGGGAACAAGCAGCAGGGAAUCGUGGGAACGAAGUUGGUUGUUUCGAUUGAUGGAACGCUUUUGUCCGACACAUUGAUAGGGUUUGAACGCUUUUGUUUGAACUCCGGCUUCUUUUACGACGCUAGGGAGUCAAAGAUAUCAAUUAGCUUCCGGUAGUAAUUUCCGACGUCCGUGACGCAACGUUUUUCAACCAGUUCUCGUUGCUUAAGCUCGCAACAGGAGUAGAGUCGUUGGCCAUUGUAGCGCAAUAGAAACAAAUUGAACUGAGCCCGCAAUAUUGUAACUUUGAACUUUGAACUCCGUUUGACUUCUCAGAAAUCAAUGGAGGCGCGGACUGGACCUUACUCAGUAAGAAACUAAACCCGAAAUUUGACUUGGAAGGAGCGGUCCAAGAUGUGCUGGGGAUCAAGAUUUCUCUCGAUCAGGUUCGUCUUUGAAAAACUGAAGUCUUGAAACUAGUUUUAAGAUCACACCUUUUCUGACACAGAAAACAGACGCACGCCCUCGCGGAACCACACAUGCAGUGGUGAUUAAGUAACUGAGAAAAAAAAAUCAAAAAUCAAUCCCGGACGCCAUCAAAAGCUGUCCUUACACUAAUGUCGCUGGUUGCUCUUUGACUGCGCGCUGUUGUUACUGUUAAAUAAAGGUACAUUUUAUUGAUCGUAUUCAUUUCCGGAAUGAGAAUUCGCAUUGGAAUUUGUGACGAAACUCUUCGAUAACAAAUUUCUGGAGCUUUAGAGUACUAUAUUCAUGUAAUUUAUUAAUUUUCACCAAUGAUCUAAAUUUUACUAUACAAUGGAAACCGAAAAAAGUUAUUUUUUCGUUUUAUUCCAGAGUAUAACGAUCAAUCGAUCACACCAAAGCUUUCCUGGGUUAGCCAGUGAAACAAAUUGCACCAAUAUUUCUGUUUCUUGUUUGAUCUCAAAUACGGCGGCCGAUCACUGGAUUUUAUUAAUUGCAUAAUUUUACAACAGGCAAUAUACCAGGGUUACCUAUAUGCCGUUCAAUAUCCUUUGUAUGACGGACUAACGGCAAUGAGCAGCGACCCGUUUGGUACCUUAAUGAACGCCUUCUCGCCUAUAGCCAUUUUUGCGUCCAAGCCUGGACGGCAAGAGAACAAGCUUAAACCGGUUGCCAUUCAAAUUAACAGUUCCUCGGGUGAGUUAAAAUUAAUCUAUAGGGUAUCUUCCUUGUCCUCAGGCCAUACUCCUUGUUCUAGUUCGUUUGUUGUGGCCUGUAAAGUAUUUGAUACUUUUUAUAAUGGAACGUUUAAUACCUUAAUAAAUUGUUGUUGUUGUUGAUACUAUGAUCUUCCUUGUUCUACCAUAUAACAGUGAAAUUUGGGGUGUGUAUGUCAAACCAGAUUUUAAGACCUGGGACGGCUCUCAAAUCGAAAAGACUCACCUUCAGGUUUGCAAACUUUACUUAGAAGUAAACAAAAAGGCUUCUAAUAAGCUUAUAGUAUAGAGCUGAACUUGUUCGUUUUCCUUUAAAUAUCACCAAUAAAUCAUUCAAUCCUCAACUACAUUUUGUAUAUUCAGUCUAAAGAUGAAGAAUCUUUCGUCAAACAGUUUUUUUUAAUGUCAUUUGUUUUAUGCACUGAACGCAAAAAUAGUUCGACUCUCACUUAAUAAAUAUGUCAGAAUUUUUAAACUACAUGACUUUGAUGCUUGUUUAUUUAUUAGAUGCCGCUAUAGUAAAAGACUAUACAGGUUCAAUGAAACAGGAAUAUAUUUCAUAUUGGCAAAACACCCUUCAACAUUCUCAAAACUAGAAUUUUAUAGAUCCGCCUAAAACCGAUCAUACCGAUCUCUAAUUACUUAGGCUUAACAAGAGGAACAGCUCUCAAAACUAAUUACAAACUUAUAAGAAAUAGCAAUCAAACUUGACAAUAGGAACAUUGCCCUGGGACAAAUGGGAGAAGGGGUUUCUUUUUCUUUGUUCUAAUACUCUAUGAUAAGAACAAACAAAAUCACAAUAAGGUAAUGAUUCCAAAAACUGAGAUAGAUACGUUUUCACAAUGAAAUGAACUACGUUAUUUUGAAUAAUUCAGGUGCAUUUCAGCCCAUCUUUGUGACAUUUUGAUCAAAUAGCACUAAUAGAAUUGACGAAGUCUACUAGGUAGUGAUUCAUCCGCUGGAUAGCGCUAACCAACGUUUAAACAACCCGGGCAGAAGUAUAACCACUCAGUCGCCCAGUGACGUAAUUUUAAUUCUCUUUCUUAGAACAGCUUUUUCAAUACUGUAUGUACUUGUGUAUAAUGGUCAUGCAAAUAAAGCUCGUUAUUGUUGUGGCUCCCUCAUAACCAUUUCACUUGGCUUCAAAUGCGCGAGCGCCUGAGGAAAAGAAUGGAUUCAGCAUGAAUACAAUUUUCCACUUCAGAGUGACUCUAACGAGAAUGGGUACAAUGAGCUUUGGGUGCAGUGAUUUCUGGGAUCUUUUGGGUAGACAAGCGUUAGUAGAUAUGCUUGGUCGAUGGUAUACUAUUCAAGGCAACCAUCCACCCACAUAUAGCCUCCCACGCGACCUUCUUAGGGGUUCGUCACGCGUUCCUUCGGGGAGGAUUGCGUGACGAGCCAAAAGAACCUCUGCGGCCGGGAGGCUAGUGCCAUUCCGCUAGUUUUUAGUUUUCGUAUCCCAGUGCACCGUUAGUUGGGACUUUUUCGCGACUUAUAAUUAGUAAAAUACAUAUUCAUUUGCUUUAGAUUCCCCAGUGUUUACUCCAGAGGACAGCGAACUCUGGCUUAAAGCCAAACACAUUUUUCAAGUAGCAGACUUUGCCCACGCGGAGGUGAUUGAACACCUUUUUAAGCUUCAUCUUUUCUUGGAGCCCAUAUGUGUAUGUCUACAUCGACACCUAUCAAAACUGCACCCGGUACACGAAAUGAUGAAGCACCACUGUAGGGGCCUUAUUGGGUCUAACAAAUUUGGAUAUCCAUUUCUUAUGAGUCCGGGCAACGGCUCUAUGGAUAAACUGCUGACAAUUGGAAGCCAAGGAGCAGUGCAGAUGAUGUUCAGAGCUUCCCAGGAAGUGACUUGGGACGACACGGAUUUCUUAACAAAUAUAAAGGUUGGUACUGUGAUUAAUGCGACCAUUGAACGCUGAACGACUGGAACGAGCCUAAGUGGAAACAUGAUGAUUUCAUUCAGAUCUUUGGCAUCCUCGUAAUUUCCUGAAGAGGAUGGGGAACCCCAGGGCACUGACCUAAAAACAACAAUAAAGGAUGGAUAAAGGAGACUAUUUUAAGCAUUUUGGGAGAUUGCUGGAAAAACAUUAUCUGUUCCUCACUCCCAGCAAGACUGAUGGAAGAGUUCCCAGCCAGCAACCUUAUAACCUGCAACCUGACUUACUGGGAAGUUUCAUAGGGCUCAAUUCAGAUCUUGAGUGGUAAGCAACCCAUACAAGUAACCCGUAGCAGCUAUUCUAGACUUCAAAUCCCCUCUGACACCCUGAAUUAUCUUUUUCCCAGCAACACUUUCCUUCCAAGGACUAUUAUUUCUUCCACAUCUCCCAGCCAGCAAAAAUUUGCAUGAAGAACAGAUAUUUUGAGGAACAGAUCCAUUGGGUGCCCCUGCAUUUAGUUAGAACAGCGAGAGAUAAGUUCCUACACGUAUUUAAAAUUGACGAUAGCUCAUCGGUAGAGCACUUGACUGCACUGAUUCAGGUUUCACCUAAGGCUUUAUCAGCCUCCGUGUAAAGAAAUAAAAGAAAGAAAGAAAACAUGCGACGACAACUUCUUCAUCGCCAAUAAAAUAACUAUCAAAAUAGUCUAUCGUCCGUACUAUUUUACAAUGGUAUCAUGUAAGCCCAUGCCCCAGGUGGGGGUGUAAAUGCUUGAGCCAUAAUGCCAAUAGAUUGACCCGCCCAGUCCCCGUCAUUGUCACCACCCCUCUAACUUGCAUCGUCUCGUUUUUUAAGAACCGAGGGCUUGGUGACAAGGAAAAGCUGCCUUAUUUUCCGUACAGAGACGAUGGACAGCUAAUUCAUGAUACUAUAUCCAACAUGGUUAAUGAAUUUGUCGACCAGUGAGUAAAUAUUCUUUACCUGGAGUAACUACGCGUAACUACUUCAAAAAUCGAAUCUCUAUUCUAUUACGAAGUUUCAAUCAUAUUUCAGUAAGUAUACAUUCAAGUGACUAAUUAGACUCGAAAGAAUUUAAGUUAAAAGGGUGGCAAUCCCUAGUUUGAAAAUAUGAACGCGCAUAAUUUUCCCUAGAAAAUUAAAUACAAAUGGCAGGGGAAAAAAUUCCCAGGGCAUGAAAAUAAGCAAUAAUUUUCUUGUCUUUUAGUACUAAUUUAAUCGAGCGAAAAGUAGUCAGUAUUUUUCAGGGCGGUACUAAUAUGUUUACUUCCCCAAGUUUGCUUAAAACCUUUGUUUGCCUCUUAAGUGUUGGCCUUAAAUUCUAUUCCCACAAUUCUAACUUUCUCUGGAGAUUUACAGCAAGCAAUAAGACUGAUUUACGCUUGCCUAGUCCCUAGGCUUCAUUAUUAUUCUGCGCUGCCAAAGCGUUUCGGGUCGCAUGGUCCAUGCGAAGAAGUGAGGCCGUUUCCCGCCCGUUCGCUUUGGAUACGUCACCGAAGUGAAUUGACCGGGAACGCCUAAGGAAACGCUGUACAGGGAUUAGACAAGAUUUACGCUGCCACUAAGCAAAAUUCACGUUAAAGACGUUCAUACCGUAUUUAUUCGAUUGACCGCCCUGGGCGCUUAUUAAAUUUUUGGACCUUGAGGGUGGGAGCUUAUUCGAGGUGGGCGCUUAUUCGAGGCUGGGCGCUUGUUAAAUUUCCACUAUUUUCAGCAAGUGUAGUAUGUUUAUUUUGUAACAAAUCAAAAAAAGGUAAUAACAAAACGCGAAGAUGUAACAAAGCAAGUUUCUGUAAAAUACUCUGGAGAAAAUUCCGUCUUCGGGGAAGUCUCUCAUUAGUACCUAUUCAUUUUUGUUGGGUGGAAGGGGGAAGGGGGGUGGGUUUUGGUUGUGGGCGCUUAUUUGAGUUUGAGUGGAAGGGGAGGGGGGUGGGCGCUUAUUCGAGGCUGGGUGCUUAUUAACUUUUUCUGCCUUUAGGAUGGGUGCUUAUUCGAGGUGAGCGCUAAUUCGAGGUUGGGCGAUUAUUCAAAUAUAAAAUACGGUAAUUUAAACCUGCUUUUGAUAUUUGUUAAAUACAAGGUAUUAUAAGUCGCAUAAAGAAGUUCAACAAGACUUGGAGCUGCAAGACUUUGCUCAUGACGUUUCCCUUGGAUCCGGAAUGGUGAGAGUUGUACCGACCGUGUGUGGUUUGAAAAUUGUUUUUUUUUUGUGGAGCGUUACUAACUAAUGCUAUAUACGUAUUUUUUACAAGAUUUACCUACACAACCUCAAACUUGAUUAUCUGUUUUGUUUCUUUACGUGUGCAAUUUUGUUUGUCAGCAAGUGACCUGUUUCCGCAGUUUCAAUUUUGUUUUUUUUUGUUUUUUUUAUUUUGGUCAAAAGGGAUGUAAAAAUAGAUUUAUGCAAUGAUCCCUGAUUCAAUCAUAUGGACUUAUUAUUGUCAGGUUAGAAACUUCCCAACGAAGAUCACGUCCAAAUGGAUCCUUAAGAAGCACUUCACAAGACUCAUUUGGCUGUUGAGCGCUCAACACAGUGUAGUGAAUUACCCAGUUGAGCACAUGGGAGCGCUGACACCGAACAUGCCAACCAAGCUCUACAACGAUCCCAGAGUAGGAUGUGAACACUAUGGUGUCUACAAUCUACCACGAGGUUUUACAUGCGGGGUAGGUGUGGUACAUGCGGCAUAGCGGGCGAUUAUCUUUCUUAUGCGUUUCCGCUGGCUAGUGCGAAGAGAAGGAAAGCGCGCAACGUGUAUCACGAAAAUUGCCACCUUUUGUUAUACAAUGCUACACGGCUUUACCUCAGUAGCCUAAGGGCUUUUCCGUUAUGGAGGUGGGGCACCCCAGGUAGAUGAGGUAACCCGCUUAGGUGGUCGUAACCCGCCUGUCCAUAUAAUCUCUCAUUUUAAUUUCAUCACGUUUACAUGAUUGGUGGGGUGACCCGCCACGUGUUACCUCACCUCUCUGGACCUCCCACCUCCAUGUAAACAGGCCCUAGAACCUAAUACAGAAUUACCAACAACGUAACAGCUAAGAGAAAUCUUUAAGGUGAUGUUACACGGAACGAUUCGCAACGACCAUUUUUUGCGCAGCACAGCGUAGGACUUUCAGUAAGAGCGAAACUCUGAAGGUCAAAUGAAUUUCUUCACCAACCGCAGGAGUACGUUCUGUAGGCUGUCUCCUCUCUACCAGGAGGGUGCUCGACAGUCUCCACUUUCCUCUCGUCCGCGUUUCGAGCUUAUCAUUGAACUGCCUAAUUUAAGAAGGUAAAAUUCGAAUACUAUCGCGCAUAGUAAAUACUCAAGCUUAUCCGUGACUUAUACUCAAAGAGUGUCUUAUCAAUUUUCUUACAUAUCGAUACACAGGGUCCGUUUGGGGGAAUUUAUUUCAAAAGCGAACGGUCUCAAGAUAUAACGAGGGGGAAACUUUUGUAUAGUUAUUCCAUUCCAUCCUUGCAAUGAUGAACCGAAUUGCGCACCAGCUUUCAAAAUAUCUUCUACGAGGAACAUUUAACUUUUGCCAUGAUUUUGGGAUAGACUGCUAAGCACCGAGAAGUAAGAGACAGCUAGCUUUUGAAAGAGAAAACCAAAGAGACAAAACGCCGGCUCUAAAUUUCAUACCCUAUGAAAACUAUUUUUUCCGAAAUCAGCAAAUAUGUCACAGAGAAUAGCAGACUUUUCGAGGGGACAGCGCAUCUAAAGCAAGAACUUGAAAUGCUUUAGAAAAAUUCCUUUUAUUGAUUUUUUUAAAACCUUUUUUUUCCAGGCUCAAGCUGCUCUAUCUAUGACCUUGGCUUCCUUGCAUUAUGACUCUCUUUUCGAUUACGCGGAUCGUCUGCAGGACAAGAAAGGAAGAAACGUUGUCAGGAAAUACUACAGCUACUUACAUGGUUACGUUAAGUCGACUAUUCAAGCGAGAAACUUACAGAGAUUCAGAGAAGGUCACUUGCCGUAUCCAUACCUUUUACCAGGCUGGAUAGCCAAUAGCAUUCAUACUUAG